AUGAGAGCUGCCAGUAAAGCCAGCCUGGCUAACAGGAAAAACAAGAGCUCCUCUGUGGACAAAAUGGGUAAAGAGAGAGCAAGUUUCCAGGGCAAGGAAGAGGAGGGAACAGGAGACAUAGUCCUAGGUGGUGAGAAAGAGGUAGAAGCCAGAUAUGCUGUGGUCUUCCCCAGGAUGAACAAACUAAGCAAGGCAAAGAUAACACAGGCACCUCAGGCAGCUCCUGAAACUUCUACUCCAGGAGAAUCCACUACCUCAGAGCUCAAACCUCCAAAGCUAGGUGCCAAGCUUGUACUCCCUGUCAAACCAGAUCUCAACCUGAAGUGCAUUAAAAAGCCCUUGUCCAUAGGGUUAAAAUCAGUUGGAUAUGAGCCUAAGAGGAAUUCUGGAUCCUGUGGGUCAGAAGGAUUAUUCACCACAGAUGAUAGAAACGGCAAAGAUAACCAAGGCAUUCAAGAUAGAGUCAUUAUGUUUCAAGUUGCAAGAGGGAAGCUGAACCCCUCCAAGAUAAAUAUUACCAACAUGUCCUUGUCAGGGGGAAAAAUAGUUGGUGGCCCAACACAGGCAAAGGGGCAAGACCAAGAAAGCCAUGAUACAGCUCAGAUGCCCAAAUCUGCCACUCAGCCAUUUCCAAAUGGGGAUGCCAGUGCAGAGAUGUUUGGUGUUAAGUCUUUGUGUGAAGAAGAAGCAGACAGAGAAGUGGCCCAGCUGAUGGGUGAGGAACGAAUAUAUUCUAUCACCAAACCAAAGGACUGGCUUCGUGCUGAGAACUUGUUACCCCAUCAGACAGUGGAGAAGUUAACCAAAUGGACAGUCUAUGAGGAUGAAGGCCAAGCCAGGACCAUUCCAGCUCACAAUGGCAGGGCACUCUGGGAAUCAGAGGAUCCCACCCAGGAGAUGUUAGAGAGUCGACUAGUGAGCACACAGACUUACAUCGGAAACAUGUUACUGUCCCUGAACCCGUUCAAGCCUCUUGGCAUUUACACGCAGGAACUGAGACAGAAAUACCGGGGCAAAGAGCAGCAUAGAAAUCCACCACAUGUUUAUGCCAUAGCUGACUCAGCCUUCAGCCUUUCUCAAACCUCCACACAGGAGCAGUGUAUUGUUAUAAGUGGCCAGAGUGGUUCAGGGAAGACUGAAGCUACCAAACUUAUAGUCCGAUACCUCAGCUCAAUGUAUAAAGGCAGAAAUGACAAACUCCGACAGCCCAUGGAGGUCUUUCCAAUCCUAGAGAGUUUUGGGAAUGCAAAGACUAUCCUCAAUAACAACUCCAGCCGCUUUGGCAAAUACCUCCACAUCCACAUUCUCAAUGGAGUUGUUGUCGGGACUUCGCUGUCCAAAUAUCUCCUUGAGAAGUCCAGGGUUGUUUUUCAGGCCAAUGAGGAGAGGAACUAUCAUGUGUUUUAUGAACUGCUGGCAGGUAUGAAUGACUGGGACAAACAGGAACUCUACCUGCAGGGAGCUGAGACUUAUUACUACCUAAACCAAGGUGGUGCCUGUGAAUUGAAGGGGAAGCAGGACAAACAGGACUUCCAGCAUUUGAUUCACUGCUUUGAGAUCAUAGGACUCCAUCCUGAUCAGGUCUCCACUGUCUGGGCCAUCCUCUCCUCUAUCCUACAGCUUGGGAACAUUUGCUUCAGCUCAUAUGAGGUUGAAUCAUUCGAGGUGUCACGAAUCUUCAGUGAAGCUGAGGCCAGGAGGGUGGGCUCAUUGUUGCAGAUUUCCUCUGAGGCCCUUCAGACUGUCAUCACUCACAGAGUUACCGAGACCACGUAUGACAGAAUCUACUGUCCUCUGUCUGUAGAAAGUGCCAUAGAAUCGAGAGAUGCCAUUUCUAAAGCCUUGUACUCAGUUCUCUUUGACUGGUUGUUGGAGCAGAUCAAUGAAUGGCUGAGUCCCACAGAGAUGGACAGUACUGUGGGCAUAGUUGACAUUUAUGGAUUUGAGGACCUGGGAGUCAACAGCUUUGAGCAGCUGUGUAUCAACUUUGCCAAUGAGCAGCUGCAGCACUUUGUCAACAAGGCAGUAAUCACUCAGGAGCAGGAGGAGUACAGUGCAGAACACAUCCAUUGGCAUCCCAUGCCACUGAAGAACUUCCACUCCUGUCUGGAGCUAAUCUCUUCCAAGCCACACGGCAUCCUCCGCAUACUGGACGACCAGACCUGCCUUCCCCAGGCCACUGACCAUACCUUCCUCCAGAAGUGCCACUACCAUCAUGGAAACAGCCCCUAUUAUGCCAAGCCCAAGAAUCCAUUGCCAGUCUUCACUGUUUAUCACUAUGCUGGACCUGUCACUUAUCAGGUUCAUAAUUUCCUGAAUAAGAACCAUGACCAGUUUAGGACAGAAGUGGUGGCGCUUUUUGCCAGGAGUCGCAUAAAGAUGGUGUCAGAGUUGUUCCAGAAGGUUCAAGACAAUUACAUCCAGCAGAAAGAUUUGGGCUGGAGGAAGAAGGGGCUACACCAACAGUCCACUACUGCUGCUUCUCACUUCCUCCAGUCUCUGAAUGAACUUACCACCCGCUUGGAGAGCAACAACCGCAUGCCCACCCCAGCAGAGGGGAGAGAGAGGUCCCAGACAGAGCCCCCCCAGUCGAGGAGCAAGGGCCCCAAGGAAUCUGAGGCAACAGGAAACCGGCCCCCCCCAGAGGCCAGCCCCCUGUGCAGGCCGGCGACAGGGCCCCAGGUCCCAAGCGCCCAAGAUCCACCCGACAUACCGCAGAGCCUCCCCCACACCAGAGAAGCCCAAGCCACCCUGGCCCACAGCCCCCAGGAGAGCAGAGCCCCAAAAGCGCAGACUGAACAUGCCGACGCAGGCCGGGCCAACCCACUCCACCUGGUGGCGCGCCCGGGACAGCAGAGACCCCCCUGGCGCCAGAGGGGACCCACCGGCAGCCAGUGCGAUCCCAGAGCCCUGGGCCCCAGACUCCACGCCCCGAGAAGACCGGCCAAUCCGGCCAAGGGCCAGCACCUAUCACCCCAAACACCCCAGCCACACCCCAAGACUGCAAGGAAGCACCCACCCAAGCCCCCCCACCACUAUCAACCAGGACAAGCACACGGACACCACAAGAAGAAAGCCCAAGGAUUCCAAUCUUGGCGGCUAACGGACACACACGGGCCCCGGAGUCCACCCCAGGCCACCUACAAAGCACACCGGGAGCAGAGCCCACAGCCAACCACCCCCGCUAAGCGCGCCAACAACCUCUGGGACAGCCUGCGGGUCAACCCCCGCACCAGCCUCCUCUGGUUGCUUGGCAACCACUACCUGCAAAGGAAGCACGCCUUUGUCCACCAACCCUGCACCCAGAGCUGCCAUCACAUCCGCUUUACGGGCACUCUUCCUGGGAUCUUUGAUGUGGACUAUGUGUCAGCACAACUGAGGCAUGCGGGGUUGCUGGAGACCAUCUACAUACGGAAAGAGGGUUUUCCUAUAAGGAUUCAGUACUCCUAUUUUAUUGCAAGGUAUGGAGUUCUGAUGGCCCAGCGGUUGAAUGAGAUGUCACACAGAGAUCUGACAGUGGCUCUGCUGGAAAUGGUGGGAGCUGAGGAAGGACAGUAUCAAUUGGGACUCACCAAGGUGUUCCUUAAGGAGCCUCUGUACCAGCACCUGGAAGAAAUGUGGAACAGCACUCAGACAUGGGCUGCUAUCACCAUCCAGAGGAACAUAAGGGGUUUCCUCUGCAGGAAGAACUUCAAGUUCUUCAAAGAGAAAGCUAUUGUCAUCCAGAGCCACAUCCGAGGACACCAGGCCAGGAAGUACUACAAGCGUCUGAAGCAGUCCUUCAACCAGUUCUGGGCUUUGAUGCUAAUAACCAGGAACACCAUUAAGAGGCACCAUUGGAGAAAGGAAUUUCUAGAGAGGCACAAAGUGAAAGCCGUGACACGGACAAAGUCUGUUGCUCCAGGGAUGGAUGUGGGGAUGUUAGAGAUCCCUGCUGAGCUGUCUGCUAGACUCCACAGCACAGCAGGGCGGAAGCAUGUAUCAGGGGUCACAGAGGUCUCGCCUCCACAGGUGAAGGCGGAACAUAAGCUCGCUCUGCCUCUAGAUAUCGACAGAUACCCAUUCUCGCGCUAUGCUAAGUCCAUAUUAAAGGAUACAUGGUGCCAACCUCAGGGAUACGCCCUCCAGAGACCGCUUACACCUCUGGAACCUGAAGAUGCCAGAACUGCUUUGGAGAUUUACAAACUGAUUUUGCGUUUUACAGGGGAGUCAGACCUGGGCAGUUGGCAGGAGCAGGUAUUAGGCAAUUACAUAGUGGAGAAGGGCCAGAGCCAGCCAGCCUUGAGAGAUGAGAUCCUGGCCCAGCUGGCUUAUCAUUCCUGGGGCCUGAAGGAGGAGCAGCACAGCCUGAGGGGCUGGUUGCUGCUGGCCUGCUGCCUCAGUGCUUUCACACCAUCACCAACACUGGACAAGCACCUGCUCAAGUAUGUAUCUGACCAUGGUCCAGGGGAGUACCGUUCAGUGUGCCAACAUAAACUGCUGACAUCUCUGCAGCUUCCAGCCCCAACCUGCCGGAAAUACCCACCCACUCAGCUGGAAUGGACCGCCAACGAGAGAAAGGGGACCAUGUUGGUGGAUGUUCACACCUACAAUGAUGAGACAUUUACAACUGAAGUGGAGUCAUGGACCACAGGAGAGCAGCUGGCAUCAUGGAUUCUUCAUUUCAGAGGUGUCUCGGAAGCGGUGCAGGGCUGGUCGGUGUCUCUGUUUUCAGUCGAUGAAGGCUGGUCUGAUCUAGCUGGCUCAGAUUUUGUCAUGGAUCUUCUGGCUGGAGCUGAAGCUGAAGUGCUACCACCAGAUGGGACUCCCUCUUCUACUCACUCUGACUACCUGUUCAGCAGCCAGGGAGACAGGAUACCGGCAAACGAUCUAGAUGACUUUAUACCACCAGCACCACCCAUACAAGCUCCUGGGCUACCUCCUUUUGAAGGAAACCCAUGGGGAAGAGAUUAUCCACAGGAAGGGCGUGGUCGACAGAUGGUGGCCUACCUUGAAGGCAUAUAUGACCCUGUACUGGACCACGGGCCUCCAGACACAGAAAGAGUAGCUAUUCUAAACCGCAGGAUGAGAGGGGGAGGGGGGAUUGGACCGAUGCACUCUGGCAUGUAUGGAACAGGUAUGCCGAUGACAAUGCCAACCUAUCCUAUGGGAGCUCCAGUGAACCCUGCAAUGCCCAAUUAUGGUGCAGCGCCUAUGAUGCCAACCAUGCCACCCAUGUCAGGCAUUCCAGCCAUGAUGAUGCCUCAGGCUCCCAUGUCAGCUCCUCCUGCUGCUGACCCCAUGCAGAUGGCAGCAGCAACACAACAGGCUCUCAUCAACCAGCAAGCCCUUCUCAUGGCCCAGCAGAUGACCAUGCAGGCGAUGACUCUGUCCCAGCAGCAGGCAAAGGAGCAGCAGAAGAAGGAGGAACAGCAGAGGAAAAAGGAGGAGCAGAGGCAGAAGGAACAGGAAAGAAAAAAGGCAGAAGAGAGGGAACGGAGGGAACGGAGGGAACGAAGGCGUCAGUCAGAACAGCGUAAUAGGGAUCGCUCCAGCUCACCUUCCCCUCGAUCUCCCUCACCCCCACCUUCUGCACCUAAACACACCAAAAGUUACAGGCAGCCUGAGACAGAGUCAGAAACAGAGGAAAACUUCGCAGAUCCAAAUGAGCUCCACUCUGUCAAAGAUAAGAGGAACUUCUUCCAGAAGAUUGCCACUCAGCCCAGUGGUAAAUCCAAAAUCCCAAAGACACAUCAAGCUCCCUCAAGCCCACCCAGACAGCAACGGGUCUUACCUCCAUUACCUCCUCCAUCGCCCCCAUCUGUAGCACCUAAGCCUGAAGUGAAACGUCCACAAAGCCCACAUGCUAGGGAAGUUGAUCCUCGAAAAGAAACACCAACCCAGGCACCAGUUACUGAGCCUCGACCUGAACCCACUUCCAGCAUUCGGGAAAUCAUCAAACAGUUCAACAGCCGACCCCAACUAGAACCCAAACCCUUCACGCCUGUCAGACAUCCUGCAAGAACAUUUAUAAAGAAGAGUGACCCCAAAGAGGAAGCUCUGGCUAAACUUAAAAACAAAGGACCAGUGGCAAAACCGAAGAAACAGUGGGUGCCUCCUCCACCCCCCCCUCCAAAGACCCUUUCACCACAGCCUUCCCCACCAUCAACAAGGGGUCGCAGGGUCAUCUCCAACAAUAUGAGGCAGAAACAACAGUCCCUGGAGGACCUGUUCAGCUCCCUACACCUUCCUCCUUCUCCCCCCAACUCCCCACCACCUUCUCCAGACCUUCAAGACAUUCCUGACCCGCCGCCAAUGGCUGCUCCAUCAAUAAAUGAUGGUAUGCUAGAAGAUGAAGACAUUCGGUCCAAGCUCCAUCGCUUCUCUGCUGGGGUUUACUUCUCUUACUGCAACAUGCCAGGAAAAUUGUUCUUGCGAAAAGAAGUGUUUUACCCCAGAGAGAUGUUUAACCAGCCCUACAUCCUUAAUCUGUUGUGUGAACAGAUCAUCAGGGACACUUACUCUGACAGCUGUGAGAGGAUCAGCAGAGAGGAGAGAAGGAAGAUGAAAGAUCUGCUAGCAAAUUUCAACAUAGGAACAACUAUAAACACCAUCCAGGACAACAACAUGAAGAAGAGGAUUGUCAUUGCAGCUCGAGACAACUGGGAAAAUUAUUUUACUAGAUUGUUCCCUGUGAAGCCAGACAGUGGGGAUGCCCAUGUUUUGGGAGUGUCUCAUCGUGGGAUUCGUCUCCUCAAGAUGGUGAGGGCAUCGGGCAUAAAUCCUAAACAUCUCCGGCUACUCAAAGGCUACAGUUUUGCAGAGGUGUUGUCAGCUGACCUCCAGGGUGAAGACAGAGUGGAACUGGAGCUGAAGAGUGAAAAAUUGGCGCUGCAGUCACCCAGGGCUCCUCAGAUCAUUGCUGUGAUUCAGUUAUUCAUCCAGGAACUCAUCAAGGACUCAGGCCAUGUAGUGGCCCUGAAGAGUUUUGUGACAGAUGAUAAGAGUCUGCUCAGCUUCAAUAAGGGUGAUAUCAUCAAACUGCUGCCAAUGGAAGGACUUCAGCCAGGCUGGCGUUUUGGCAGCAAUGGAGGACGCUCUGGUCUUUUCCCAGAAGACCUUACUCAGUCAUCUGCAGCCCCAGACUACCACUGUCUCAACCUAGACCGCAGAGAUGAGAGAAGGAAAAGCAUGAGGACCAUUAGACCUGUCGGCCCACCCAAAAUUCCAUCUCCAGGUCCAGGUCUCCAGGUCAGCAGUCAUAUGGAUACACCUGAUUUAAGGCAGCCCAGAAGUGAGGCUUCACCCCCGAGCUUGGUACAAGGAUCUCUCCAGAACUCAAUGCAGGGUUCAGUCCUCGACUUAGAGAUGAACUCACCCAUGGCUGACUUUGCCAUGAAGUACUUCAGACUGGGGAUGACAGGUCUGCCCGCCAGUGGAAGAAAUUUUUCACAGGUGGUUGAACACACAGUGGCCCCCAUCCAGGAAUCUCUCAUUCUCUAUAAUGACCCUGAAAUCAAUGAGUUAUCUGUUGAGUGCUUCACAAACCUAAUGCAGCUCAUGGGUGACAUGCCACUGAAGAACACCCAGACAGAUUGUCUAAACAACAUUAUUCUGCUGGGGAAGGAAAAGGAGCUGCUGAGGGAUGAAAUAUUCUGCCAGGUUAUCAAGCAAACCACCAACAACCCAACAAAAUCCAGUUGUACCUUAGGCUGGCGGCUGCUCACCCUGGUGACUGGCUUUUUCCCUUGCUCUGGUACCCUGCAGCCUUAUAUCACACGCCACCUACAUGACAUCUCUCAGGAUUAUGAGCACCCAUACAAAGAAUUGGCAUCUUUGUGUCAGGAUAACCUCCAGCGCUCUCUCCGGUUUGGUGGUCGCCGUAACAUCCCCUCGCAUGUCGAGAUGGAAGCAAUUCUGGCUGGCAAAACUUCCCAACGUGUUCCUAUCUACCUGCCGGGAGGAGUGGAGUUUCCCAUCAAGAUACACAGUUUUAGUAAUGCUGAAGAUGUGGUGAUCGAGUUGUGUAAAGAAAUGGGCAUCUCCCACCUCAAAGAAACCAAAGAGUUCUCCAUCCUUGUCAUUGGAAUUCACGAUGGGAUGUUACGUCCCCUCCAUACUGAGGAAUACAUUUUUGACUUCCUGGUGGAUGACAACAACAUUUUGUUCCUGAGGAGAAUGAUGUGGAGAACACCUCUUUCAUUCAGCAGUGACCUCUAUGUGGAUUUUCACUACCAACAGCUUCUUGCAGACUACCUGAAUCGGCAACUGAUACUCCCACCGGCCACAGGAGGGUCACCAGUCCAGCAAAUAGCACAGCUGUCAGCCCUGCAACAUCUGGCUCUGGGCUUGCAGAACCAGCCCUCACUGUCAGAGAUAAAGGGGUACCUGCCUUCACAGGAUGGGCUCAGCAAUAAAAUGGAGGAGAUCGUCAAUUUCUGCCAGGGUCAGAUAGCUGCAAUGCAGUCCUUUAGCCCUAGAGAUGCCAAAAUACAAUUCAUUGAGAUUCUGAGUUCUCUGCCCAUGUUUGGAUCCAACACUUUCUUGGCCCAGAAGGUGAGCCAGCGUGGUUGUCCUUCUCCCUGUAUGGUCUGCAUCAGCCAGGAGGGGUUGCUGUUCCUCCAUUCUAAAACACAGGAGCAAGUGCUUCGGAUUCCUCUGUCUGAUGUCCAGUCCAUGCGCACCAUUCACCCCAAGAAAAAAGGCAAGGUGCCAGCUGUGGAAAUCAACUAUGGCAAUCCAGCUAAUCCCAAAAAAAUCACCAUUCAUCUCAAAGAGGCUAAACAGCUGUGCCACACCCUUGCUCUAAUAAUGGAAGAGCUGAUUUCUCCAGCAGUCUCCAGUUCCAUAAUGCAGGGAUGAAAUAGAGGUGUUCCUUAUUAACUUGUUUCUGUAACUCUUUGUGUUUCAGUGGUUUGUGAGUGGUUUUAAGUUACUUCUUGAAUAGUACGUCAUUGUUGAAACAAACUGAAUAAAAACAGCCGUGAUGUUCAU